UUGAAAACAGGCAGAGUACAGGACGAGGGUGUUUAUGAUGAUCUAUCUAAUGUUGACGCGCACCGCUGGAUGGAUUGGCUAGGUUUUUGAUCGGGGAAAGCAGACGAGGAGAAAACUUUACUGAAGUUUGUUUAUAUCCGCCACGGCAGAUCUGGAUGUGAACAGACCCAUUUUUGCUUGGUAGAACCGAGGUUUUGUACGGCUGGUUUUGGAGGCGCUGUUCGUGCGUUCUGCAUGCAAGGAUCUAUUUGGCUCGCUUAUUAUUAUUACUGCUCCUUUUUCCCCACUGUUUCCUAUUUGCGUCAUGACUUCUAGCUAUGCACAUGUAAUGGACAGGCAAGCAUCGAUAUCAAACCGCCUGGAGAGUCCGAUUACAUCUAACCUGGAAAACCUGCAAGCCAAAAAGAACUUCUCGGUCAGCCACCUGUUGGAUCUUGAAGAGGCCGGGGAAAUGGUCGGGACCCAGGCGGACGAGAGCGUCGGAGAGGCGGGGAGGAAUAUGCUGGAGUCCCCGGGGCUGACCAGCGGGAGCGACACAACUCAGCAGGAGAAUGAACAGAUGAACACGGAGGAGAAGAAGAAGAGGAAGCAGCGCAGGAACAGGACCACCUUCAACAGUAGCCAGCUACAGGCUCUGGAGAGGGUUUUUGAGCGAACACACUACCCCGAUGCCUUCGUCAGAGAGGACCUGGCCCGCAGAGUCAACCUCACUGAGGCCAGAGUGCAGGUUUGGUUUCAGAACAGGAGAGCUAAGUUCCGCCGGAACGAGCGUGCCAUGCUGGCCAGCAAAAAUGCCUCGCUCCUCAAAUCCUACUCAGGGGAUGUGACAGCGGUGGAGCAGCCCAUCGUACCGCGUCCUGCACCCCGCCCAAAUGACUACCUAUCUUGGGGCAGUGCUGCUCCAUACAGCUGGUAUCCAAUGCCGGAGGGAGGGCCAAUGCGAGUGCCACAGAAAAUGCUGCCCUCAGAAAACAACGCCAUGGCCACUUACCCACCUACCUGCUCCAACACCAAUACAUCCCAGGGAAUGAACAUGGCCAACAGCAUCGCCAACCUGCGGCUCAAAGCCAAGGAGUACAGCUUGAACCAGGUGCCCACGGUCAACUGAGGGGGCUCUGAGUGGAGGUUCUGGAGCUUGUGCAGGAGGCGAGGGGACCCUCUC